GACAAUUGGACUAACGAUUCUACCAUGUUGAAAUUCAAUCGUUAAAAUUUACACUUCUUCUACGUGCAUCACAAAUAAUUAUUUUACUCUAUGGUGUAUUCUAUUUGCUUUUGUACGAAAAAGGUUAUCAAAAACACGAUUCAACAGUAAUAUCGGCUGUUACAUUGAAAUUAAAAGGUAUGGGUUAUGUCAACAGAUUAAAUAGGAAUGAACCAGUGGUUAUUGAUGGUACAGAUUAUACCAUACCACCAGUAGAAAAUGCUGCCGUAUUUAUUAUGACAAGUUUUAUACAAACACAUCAAGUACGUACAAGAUGUGAAGAAUCAAGACAUAUUAAACAAGCAUUCUGUACAUCAGAUGAACAAUGUGCAAAUGAAUAUCCUUAUUCUAAUAAAAGUGGUAGAUGGACAGGAAAUUGUUUGAUUAAAACAAAUGCGACAAUAGGUUUAUGUGAACUGGAGGGAUGGUGUCCAGUUGAAGAUGAUAAACAAGGAAGGGAUCAUAUUAAUGAUGCAUUAAAUUUUACAAUAUUUUUAAAAAAUUUUGUUGAAUUUCCAGAAUUUGAUGUUGUACGUAAAAAUUUUCGUUCUUAUAUGACAUCGUGUAUAUAUAAUAAAACGAAUAAGUUAUGUCCAAUAUUUCGUUUACGUCAAAUAGUUGAAGCGGUUGAAAAUGAUGAAGAUGAACGUGCGUCAAUGUUAAAACAUGGAGCUGUUAUUAGACUUAAAAUUUACUGGGAUUGUAAUUUUGAUUUAAAUGUGAGAAAAUGUGUACCUGAAUAUUCAUUUAGAAGAAUAGAUACAAAACACAAGAAUGAAAAUUUUUCUAAAGGAUUCAAUUUCAGGUUUGUAAAUAACUGGAAGGCUGAUAAUCGUUCGUAUCGUAUACUGAAAAAAGCAUUUGGCUUAAGAAUCAUUAUAAGUGUAAGCGGUGAAGGUAGAAAAUUUGAUUUAAUUACGUUAACAUUAAAUAUAGGAAGUAUUAUGGGCAUAUUUGGUGUAGCAUCAAUGAUUUGCGAAAUAUUCAUGUUACAUCUGUCUAGUCACAGCGAGUUUUAUAAAAACCUUGUUUUUGAAAAUGUUGGCAAAAUUGUAACGAGAUUAAGUAUAAACGGCAAGAAAAAUAUAGAGCAACCAAAAACAACAAAUAAUGCAACAACAACAACAACAACAGCAGCAACAGCAACAACACUAAUAACAACAACAACAGUAACAACUAAUGUUCACAAUGGUGAAUGUUUUGAUAGUGAUGAUAAAAAACUAUUACAAAGUACUAUUCGUCCAUUGAUUGUAAGUAACAGUGAAUAA